AUGAAAUUAUUGAUUGAUGAAAAACAGAAGAAUAAAAACACAUUGAAGAAUGAAAACUCUUUGGAGAAGAUGGAUUUAAUGGAGAAAUUUAAAUAUGCUAAUGAAUAUGAUUAUCAAGGUUACAAAGAAAUUAAGAUAUCAGACGUCAUCCGAAGCGGCAGCAUCUACCUUGAAGGACUCAGCGCGGCUCUGCUCGACUACCGACACAUGAUGGAGGCGUGCGGAACUAACUCCUCACAAACCAGCCUGCCAGUGAGUUCGGAGUCCUGCGCCUCCGCGUCUGAAGACAUCAAGUUGGUGCAGAGACUGUCGGAACUGGCUCUGGAGACCACGAAGAAGCUCAGAGAUAAAGGAAAUAGAAUGGAUAAGGACGAUCAAAGCGAGGAGAACGAACUCAUUCUACAAUUAGCCUGGUUCUUGGAUCAGUUGGCGCGUUUGACGGGCUACAAACAAAACAACACAAAUAUUUCUACAGAUAUUAAAACAACCACGGAAAAUACACGAAAAACAAACUUAAAAGAUUCCUUGGAACUAUUAGAAACGGUCGAAAACGGUCGGCCGAUGUCAAAACUCCCGCUAAAACAGAACGCCAAGUCAAUAGUCAAACGAUCAACUGUCAUGACGGAAGUCGUUAAAUACUAUAAUAAAUAUAAAAUGUGGACCGGAAGUAACUCAAAUGACUUCAAAUCUAACUACGAUGUCAGUAAUGGUUUAAAUGUAAAGCCAAUAUCCAAACGGUCGAUACAAAACAAGAAAUACGUCCAAUUACGUGUCACGAAGAAGAAAACUUCGAAAAAUAUGAACAUAAGUAAACUAUUUAGGAAACCGAAUGUUGUUAAAGUUGUUGUUGUUAAGAAAAUAAAGAAUAAAUACUAA